AUGGAUUCGCUCAGCGAUUCCACUACUUUGCUGUUCCAUGGCCUAUAUCGAGUGCGAGAAUCCCUCCAGGACCUGCCAGCGGCCGGCGAGAUCCCAGUCAUCGCAGUGAGGAUCGGCAUCCUCAAAGAUGACGGCCUUGAAAGCGCACUCUGCAAGUCUCUCGCAGAGUUCUGUGCCGACUGUACCAAGGAAGACAAAGAAGAACUAGUAGAGACUGUCACUAGAGCGACUUCCGCCUUGAACACCUUGCGUAAAUUGUCGAAGGAGGCAGCAAAGAAGGCUCGUUGGUCAGAAGACGCCCGAAUUCAAUUUGAGGACAACUGGAUUCUGUGGUGCACCAGGAUCGAAAAAAUGGCAAACAUGGUCAUAAUGGACGAGGAGGACCGAGUGACGCUUCUGGGCUUUCAGGGCGACAGACGGAAUCACCAGUUGAUUGCAAAGCUUGAACGGCAGGAUCAUCGCUGGUCGAAAGACUCUUCCACAAAGAACAGCGAGGAAACUGCUCAGACCCUGGAAGAUCUACCGUACGACCGGCUCCGAGAGGGCAGCUGGGCAUAUGAGCGUAGCAAGCCCAAAGCAGUGGCAUUGCAUCCGACAGCUUCGUCAUCUUCAUCUUCAAUACUCCUGCGACCCUUCCGUUUCAUAGCUGGGCGUCAUCGUGACCCACUGCAAGCCAAGGAUGAUACUGAACCAGCCCGACUGGUGAUGCCGAAAUUGACCGGGGUCACCUCAAAGCCCUCUCUAGAGACCGUGUUUACCUUGCCAUCCACCUGCGAUGAAAAGACACUGAUCACUGCCAGACCGCCUCCGGUGAGAAUAGACCGGAUCACCCAGCCCAAGGCUCCACACUUAGGUCCAACCCAGGUCACCGCUGUUGCAAGCAGACUAGAAAGACCGUCUAAGGACUCUCAGAAGCAUGGAACGCUGCCGAAUAUGACGCCUACAGUGGGCUUGAAGCAUGUAACGCCGGCAAGCAAAAACAGCAAGGGCACCCGGGUUCAAGGCACCAAAUCAUCAACCCCAACGCUUUCGAGCAAGUCCUCUGCGCCAACGGCCGAGGCUCGACCGCAGGUGGAGGACAAAGUGAAAUUCAGUUUCGAGAGAAGAGCUGAUGGCAAGAUCGUGAUCGACGAGGAGGACGCCGUGAAGAUUCAAUCACUUCUCAACCCGGAGCAGUUUUCGAACGACUACACCGUCUACAGCAUCUGUAGACGGCCCCCGACUCAGAGGCGGCGGUUUGGAAGAGAGAGGAAGAUAUCGACACAUGGUCAAAUCCCCAAGCAUUUCGUCGAUGGCCUCUACCGUCAAUCUGGUCGAAGAAACAGUUCCAUCCAGGCCCUCUGGCCACAGCCCAGAGAAUGA